UUAACGGCAUUUUGAUAAAUUUGCGCUUUGAAUGACUACCUAGGUUUUUCCUCCGUUUUUUUUUUCCUUUCUCUCUCUUCUUUAGAUUUCCUCUUUCUUCUUCCAAAUUCUCUAAGAGUCGCUCUUCCAUUUCUUCGCUAUUCUGUUGCUUCGCUCUUUGAGUUUUUCGCUUUUUCUCAUCAAUUCAUCGCACUUUUUCGUUAAGAUGUGGACUGGAGGAGCUGCAGGAAUAACAACAUCAACGAUGGCUCAUUGCUCUACCUCCUCCCCCCUAAACCCAUCAAAUCUCUUCUCUCACCCUACUUUCCGCACAAAAACUUUGCCAAUCCUUAGACUACGUCCACUUUCUUCCAUUCGUAUACCCCAAUCCCACUGUGCGACCUACCAGAGCUCCCUCCACCGUUUUCCGGUGGUUGCCAAAGCAGUUGCCGUUGACUCUCCGACUUCGUAUACCAAGGAGAAGGACGGGAAGAAGCUUCUUCUUGAAGUUAAGGAUCUGACCGCUGUUAUUACUGAAUCUCAGCAAAAGAUUCUCAAUGGUGUUAAUCUUACUGUUUAUGAAGGAGAGGUCCAUGCAAUCAUGGGGAAGAAUGGUUCUGGGAAGAGUACAUUCUCAAAGGUUCUUGUAGGUCAUCCAGAUUAUGAAGUUACUGGAGGGACUGCGAUUUUCAAAGGUCAAGACCUACUUGAGAUGGACCCAGAAGAAAGGUCCCUUUCAGGUAUUUUUAUGAGCUUCCAGUCACCAGUUGCGAUUCCUGGAGUGAGCAAUGCAGAUUUUUUGAAUAUGGCAUAUAAUGCUCGACAAAGAAAACUUGGACUUCCAGAACUGGGUCCUAUAGAGUUCUUUAGCCAUGUAUAUAGCAAGCUUGAUCAGGUGAACAUGAAGAUGGAUUUUCUGAAUAGAAAUGUUAAUGAAGGAUUUAGUGGUGGAGAAAGGAAGCGUAAUGAGAUUUUACAGCUUGCGGUUUUGGGGGCUGACUUGGCUAUACUAGACGAAAUUGACUCUGGGCUAGACGUUGAUGCACUUCAAGAUGUAGCAAGAGCAGUAAAUGAUCUUUUGACACCAAAUAACGCUGUGUUGAUGAUCACUCACUAUCAGCGUCUUCUGGAUUUUAUAAAGCCUGCUUAUAUUCAUAUCAUGGAAAAUGGAAGAAUUGUGAAGACAGGAGACAUUUCUCUCGCAUCAGUCCUGGAAAAGGAGGGGUACAAGGGAAUAACAGAUGCAUAAACAAUCUUCAUGUGUUCUCUGGUUAAAGGUAGAAAAAAGGCUGGAAAUGGUAAAUGCCCUCUGCAAUGUCCUACUAAAAAGACUUCUUAACUGCCGAAGAUUGUAGAUAUGAGUCAUAUGAUGCUACAACCUUGAAAAGAUCGUAUAAUGGCCCCUUGGCUCCAAUUCUGCAAUUUUUUCAACCCUAUGUUCUAUUGUUUGAUUUCAAUUUUCCUUUUGGCCAAAAAAGAGUUUGUAGGAAUUGCAUUUAUAUCUUUGGUAACUCUCUUUGGAAAUAGUUAGGCAAACAUGUAUUUAUUUUCAAUAUGGAUGGUUAGGGGUUUCAACGCAUUCAAUCAAUCAAAGUCUUCAUCUUGUAAGUGUGGUCGGCUACAUGAACGAAAAGUGAUUAUUCCGUAUAGUAAUCCACAAAAACCUUCCUAACUCCUAACCAAGUGAUUUUCGGUCUCCCUCUACCUCGUUUAACCUUUCCAUGAUCCCACUCUUUCAAAUUGAUUUGGUUGAAAUCAUUGAGCAAUCUGUUUUAUGGGAGAAUCAAUUGUAUUAAAUGUGGAUAAUGAAACAUAAUUAGAAAAGUUAUAAAGCCCCCCCCCCCUACUAUUAUUAUUAUUAUUUUUUAUUUUGUUUCCAUCUCUUGUGGAGGAGGAGAAGCUGAAGAACGAGUUUUUUUUAAAAAAAAAAGAAAAACCAUCAAGUUCUUGUUGUUUCCAUCAUUACAGGAGGAAAAAAAAACUGUUAAGGACUUCACAUUCUAUACUUUGUUCUUUAUCAAUUGUAUCCUAUGUUUCUUAGACUCUUCAUUUUGUCGUCAUACCCCUGUAAUUAAUACAUUAAAACAUUUCACCAUU